CUCAUAUGAAAACAUGGCGGACACGUCAAACAGACAUAUGCAACUAACUAGAGUCACGUGCGUAUAAAUGAGCUGCUGACUGAUUGUGAGCGGUUUUCUUACUGUGCUACAGGAUCAGUUUUAUCACACGAGUGUGAGCUGUUUGUUUGAGUUAAACGUUUCAGUUUCUGGUGCUUUAGUCGUGAGGCGGAUUCGAACCGAUGGACGCUUGAUGACGGGGAGUCGAGGCGGCUACUGUGGCGUGGACGAACACGGUGCUGAUGUGCUGCUCUGAAGGUUGUGCUGUGAAACCUUGUUAAUGGGGUUUCCCUACAAACCCAACACCGAGGAUCCGAUUAAACAGAAUAUUCACAUGGACGGUGGAAACGGUGGUAAUAUGGAUGGAGAAACACUAAAGACCAAAGUGCCUCAAGACUCUAAUAUUAAAAGUAACACAUUUAAAGAAAACCAAGAGAUGCAUGAAGCAGAACAGACAGCAGCCAGCUCUCAGGGCCCCUCUGAUACUGAGAAGAAGGUUUUACCAGCAGCUGAGAAAUCAUCUAGAAGGGGACGUCCGAGAAAAAAGCCGAGAAACGACCAAGACGAGAGUCUAGAAAAAACAAUCUCUGUUCCAGAAAACAUUGAGACAACUUCAAGUGGACGCCCGAAGAGAAAAGCUGCCAAAGUUGCUCUGGAGUACCUUCACAAUAUCAGCAAAGACCUUGAAACAUCUCAAAAAUCCUUCACAAAGACAGAGCAAAAUGGCCUGGAGCGGUCAGGCAGUCCUGCUCCGAGGAAAACCUCAGGGAAAGGAAGAGGGAGAGGAAGACCGAGAGGGAAAAGGAAAGCUCAGGACAACGACAGCGAUCAGAGCGACGAUGCUGACUUUGACCCCGGGGACCACAUAGAGGUGGAAAGUGAAGAAGACGAGGAUGAGGAUUGUGAAGAUACUGUGUCAUGUAAACAACAGAAUAAAAAGAUGGCAUAUAACCACAAGGUGCUUGGAAAAAAUGGCCUUUCCAGCGGUGCCAUGCAACCUGUUUGGACAUCCUUUAGAAAAACCAAAGAGUUCCGUGAUCAGCAUUCGUCCCCGUGGGUGUUUCCUGAGUGGAUCCCUUCACUCGGCGACUGGAAUAUAUUGUCUUCCAGAGAGGCAGAAAAAUAUUUACCUCAGGAGAAAGAGUCCAUGAGUUUUACGUUAUGCCGUGAGGGAAUCAAGGGACAGGCUCCACUCCAGAGAGUGAAAAGGUUUGAAUCUGUGUCCCCGAAUGCAGAAAGGUGGGACUCUCUGUUCUUCGUUGGGGGCCCCGUCUGGGCCAUGGAGUGGUGCCCGGUCCCUGAAGGUGCUGCUCACAAGCAAUACGUUGCUCUUUACUGUAACAGAAAUAUGGAUGAUCGACACAAAGUGAACAAACUUCACACAGAACAUGCUCUUAUCCAACUGUGGGAUCUGGGCAAGCUACAGAUGAGUAGACCUUUAUCGUCCCCACGCAUAGCCUACGCCCUGGCAGUGGAUGACGGCUGUAUCUGGAGCAUAAAGUGGUGUCCUGCUGGAGCCUGGGAGCUUCCUACAACUGUUAGAAAGGCUUUACAACUUCCACGCCUGGGUCUGAUCGCUGUAGCCUUCUCCAAUGGGAACAUUGCUGUUUACAGUCUGCCACAUCCAGAACAUCUAACAGCUCACAUUCCAGCUACAGGAGAAAGCAGCCAGACACCACAUAUAUACAGGGUGCAGCGCAUCAUGACUGUGAAGGUUGGCUCAAGCCAGGCAGAUCACAGCGGCCGCUCUGGACUGUGUUUUACCUUCGACUGGCUCCCAGUUAAACCACACAACGUCCUGGCUGCAGGCUUCUCUGAUGGUACUGUGGCUUUGUGGGAUCUGAGCUCGACGUCUCCCUUGCUUCGAGUUAGAUCUGUGGAUGGAUCUUUUUCUCUUUACCCCUACCACUGCUUCCUGGCUCAUGACAGCAUUAUUCGCCGCCUCAGCUGGUGCAGGGCCUCGAGUGAAUUGAUGGUGACAGUAGGAGAGGAUCGCAUGGUUAAACUGUGGAACUUGACUAAGACCCACACUUCCCUUAAGGCAAUCAAGCGCUUCUUGCACACUGAUGUGUCCUGGCCUAUCUUUUGGCCAGGAGUUUUUAUCACCCAGGAGUCCUGCUAUGCCACGCUUGGCCAACAAGGACUCCACUAUCUUGACUCAGGUUACUUCAGUCAAAAGGCUUUCUUUGUUUGUUCCAGGAAAGCUACUGUCUGGAGCUUCUCUGUGUCCGACUGGAUGAACUCCUGUGUAAUCGGGGACAACAUCGGAGAGUUUGUUUGCUCUGUGCUGUGUGACCCAAACUGCAACUACGGCAACAGCAAGAGACAUCGAUUUCCGGUGUACAAGGCCGAGCUGGUACCGUUUCAGCCUGGUCAGAGAUCUAAGGAUGCUCACCUCAAUGAAGAGGAGGAAGAGUGUGACUCGACACAGCAGGAGCCCCAGACCUACAGAGGGGCUGUUAGAAAAUACUACCUCAGCUUCAAUGACAUGGAUCUUAGAUCUUUUAAAAAAUAUCAGCAGAGGCCUAUAGUGAAGCAGCUGCAGACCUCAGAGAAUAAAGGUCUGCUUCCCGUGGAUCAGAUGCCUCUCAAUGCACUGUACCAGGUGUGCUACAAUCCAAACAUGGACGCUCACAGCUGGGUGCUGUCUGCCGGCCAGUCUGGACUGGUGCGUGUUCACUGCAUCAGCGGCCUGGACAGUCCACUCAUGCACAAACUUGUUUGCGAGGCCCAAGCACAGUUUAGCACCAUGUUCCGCUCUCAGGAAAAAGAGGUGUCCGCUACCGCUGUCCACCAGUGCACGGCCGAGACGGUGCAAGUGCCCUAGACGCUCCAGAGUAAGCCAUGAAAACACACAGAGAUGUGGUGCAUUUGUUUAUUCCAGUCCUUUGAUUUUACUCUUCUACGACUAUCAGAUAUUUUUUUAAAUCCUAACUUAUUUUGGAUAAGAUUUAAAAGCGCUAUUUUGAUACAGAUGGUGAAAGUUGGUAGGUUUUAUAUUCUGUGCACUUGGUUUUUUAUUCGUUGUUGUGUUGUACUGGAAUUGUGUCAUUACUUCAACAGCACUUUUCAUCUGCUAUAGAUGUUUUUUCUAAAAUGAAGACUCUAGGUUCAGGUUUUAUUUGUGUGUGACUCUCUCUGUUUUUUUUUGUACGAUGUGUUUGUGUCUUAAUUAAAAUAAGUCAGUGAUA